GUCGGAUCGUAAUUCUACUUUCGUUUACCACUGUUAAAAAAUAAAUUCAAAAUGUAUAAUACUUUAUUUUACAGUUGUGUGCGUUUUAAUUAUUUUCGAUAAAUGCUAUAAUAAUAAAAUUCGGUCAGAACUGUAUAAAUUGUUUUUAGUUUUAGUUUUUGCUGUAUCAUACAAACAUCUUGAAGUGUACCUUUACCAAAGUAUCUCGUUUAAUAAAAUAUUAUAUAAUUUUCAGAUAACCAAUCAUAAAACAUUUAACGAAUACGUCCCUCUCUCACGGUCAAAUUCGUACUUUCUUUGUGUAUAUAGUGUUGAAUCGUAUAACAUUUAUUGUGCAUAUAUAUUUUCAAUAACACUGAUAAUGCAAUAACAUGUAUAUAUUAUUUUCAGAAUCUUAAAUAUUGCUAACAGUUGUUAAUUAACUUCGAAACGUCUAGUAUAUUAUACAAAGAAAAAACAGUAUAGGUAAUAUACUAAUAAUUAGGAACUUAAUUUUUAAGUUUUUUUAAUUUAUAAAACAACUACAGUCAUUAUACUGUUUAAAUGAUUUUUUUUGAUUAAGUGAACUAGAUAACUAGAAUUAAUAAAAUGACCAACAGUUCGCUGUUUAGAAUAACGAAUCUGAAAGGACUACGUGCUCUUAAUGGACAUAAUAUAGUUUAUCAUACUUUUUCGAGAAAUAAUCACUGGUCGAAGUACAGCUAUGUGUGCGGGACUUCGAGCGAACCACUCAAACCUUAUACAAUCGGAGGAGUUUUUAAUGACGCCGUGCAACAGACUCCGGACCGAGAGUUCCUGGUUAGUCGUCACGAGAACAAACGGUUCACGUUCGCCAGUAUGGAUUCCGAGGUGGAUAAGCUUUGCAAGAGCUUUAAUGCCAUUGGCCUUAAGCACGGGGACCGAGUCGGAAUAUGGAUGCCCAAUUGCGCGUUUUACUAUUUGGCGAUUAUCGCUACAGCUCGUUUGGGACUGAUAUUGGUAAACGUUAACCCAGCAUAUCAGAGUGACGAACUACAACACAGUUUAACUUUAGCUGAAGUGAAAUGUCUGGUAACCAUAGAGAAGUUCAAGACUCAAAACUAUCCCGAAAUAUUGGAGAAGGUCGAUCCGGACAUUUGGAAGCGACCACCCAACACGCCGGUUAAGUCGAAAAUCUUACCCACGUUGGAAUCGGUUAUUUUUUACUCUGAGAACCGUAUAAACGGUGCCUAUAAUUUACAAACGUUCUUGGACCUGGGUUUCAAUACAGACUAUAAUAUUCCUAAAAUUCAACCAGACGAAGGAUGUAAUAUUCAGUUUACUUCAGGUACCACUGGUAAACCAAAAGCAGCAUUAUUGAAUCACUUUGCGUUAAUAAACAACGCUUAUUUUAUCAUGAAGCGUUUAGGGAUCUACGAUGAUACCAACGAAGGUAAAUUACAUAAAUUCUGCUGUCCAAUGCCUUUAUUUCAUGCUUUUGCCUUAUCCAUCGCUGUCGUUGCACCUAUGGUUACCAAAUCAACAGUUUAUUUACCGUCAGCCCAUUUUGAUCCAAAAGCGACGGUCGAUGUUCUCACGAAAGAAAAAUGCACAUUUAUAUUUGGUACACCAACAGUAUAUGUGGACACCAUGUCCGUUUUCGAAAAACUUCCGCCAGAACAACAAAAUAACAAUAUGAAGAUCGCAAUAUCCGGUGGUGCCCCUUGUUCUCCGAAUUUGAUGAUUAAGUUUAAGAACAUGUUCCCAGGCGCUAAAAUAUUGUCAUUGUUCGGGAUGACAGAAACCAGUCCCUGUACGUUUCAAAAUUUCUCAAACGACUCAGAUGAACGAAUAAUGUCGACGAUGGGUUUCAUACAAGAUCACGUAGAGGCAAAAGUGGUCGAUACCAAUGGCAAUAUGGUACCAUUCGGGACACCCGGAGAGUUGUUGAUUCGCGGAUACUUGAAAAUGAAUGGUUACUUCAAUGACGAAGAAAAAACAAAAGAAACGAUUGAUUCGAACGGAUGGCUACACACAGGAGACCAAUUUGUUUUGUUCGAAGACGGAUAUGGCAAUCACGUUGGCAGAUUAAAAGAAAUGAUUAUCCGCGGUGGUGAAAACUUAUUUCCUAAAGAGAUAGAAUACUUUUUAGAAUCUCAUCCGUUGAUUUCACAAGUUCAAGUUUACGGUGUACCCGAUGAGCGGAUGGGCGAAGAAGUAUGUGCCAGCGUCAUUCUCAAAGAAGGGGUUACGGUCACUGAAGCAGACAUAAAAGCUUACAGCAAAGGAAAGAUAGCCCAUUUUAAGAUUCCCAAAUACAUAUUCAUCGAAAAGAACGCGUUUCCGAUGACGGCAUCGGGCAAAGUGCAGAAGUAUAGAUUAAGAGAAAUGGCGAUCCAACGGAUCUCAAGCUUAACCUAAUUUCGUUAUUUUAUAGUGCAAAAUGUAGCAAUAAUUUAUGUAUAAUAAUUAUUUAUUCGUAUUCAAAUCGUUGUAUGAAUUCUAUGCGAGCUCCGUGGCGAUUGAUGUGUUUUUGUAACUAUAACCACCUAUGCUAUAUUUAAUCAUAACAUUACCAUGUUAGAGCUAUGAAAACAGGAAGUGAUGUUAUUACUUUUACAAAGUUCAAUAGGUUUAUAGCUAAACAAAUGUAUUAUUUAUUUAUUAAACGCUAAUCGCUUGUGACAUUA